CGGGGCGGGGGCUUCCUUCAACCUGCGCCGCUCCAAUAUGGCUCCGCGCCUGUGCAGCAUCUCUGCAGCGGCGCAGCGGUUGCUGGGGGGCCCGAAGCCCAGAGCCGGGGACCUUGCGGUUGCCACGCGCUUCUAUUCCAAGGACAAUGAAGGUAGCUGGUUCCGCUCCCUCUUUGUGCACAAGGUGGAUCCCCGGAAGGAUGCCCACUCCACCCUCCUGUCCAAAAAGGAAACAAGCAACCUCUACAAGAUCCAGUUUCACAAUGUGAAGCCCGAGUGUCUGGAUGCCUACAACAGCCUGACGGAGGCUGUGCUGCCCAAGCUGCACCUGGAUGAGGACUACCCCUGCUCGCUCGUGGGCAACUGGAACACAUGGUACGGGGAGCAGGACCAGGCAGUACACCUGUGGCGAUUCUCAGGCGGCUACCCAGCCCUCAUGGACUGCAUGAACAAGCUCAAAAACAACAAGGAGUACCUGGAGUUCCGAAAGGAGCGGAGCCAGAUGCUGCUGUCCAGGAGAAACCAGAUGCUCCUUGAGUUCAGCUUCUGGAACGAGCCACAGCCCAGAGCAGGCCCCAACAUCUAUGAGCUGAGGACAUAUAAGCUCAAGCCAGGAACUAUGAUCGAGUGGGGGAACAACUGGGCUCGGGCCAUCAAGUACCGGCAAGAGAACCAGGAGGCGGUAGGCGGCUUCUUCUCGCAGAUAGGAGAACUCUACGUCGUACACCAUCUCUGGGCCUAUAAAGACCUACAGUCUCGGGAGGAGACUCGAAAUGCUGCCUGGAGGAAGAGGGGCUGGGAUCAAAAUGUCUACUAUACAGUCCCACUGGUGCGACACAUGGAGUCUCGGAUCAUGAUCCCUUUGAAGAUCUCACCUCUCCAGUGAUGCUGCCGCUGCCUUCUUCCCCUUCUGCCUCAGGGCAGCCAAUGGACAGAGGAGAUCCCAGUCCUGCUGUCUUGGUUUUCUCUUGGAUCUGGGAGGACUUUGGGGGUUUGUGCUAAGCUCAGACAAGGGGAAGCUGAAGGAUGACAGGGUUCUGAGAACUUGCCACUCUGCCCAGGCUCUUCCCACCCCUUCCCCUGUGCUGGAAGCAGUUUUUAGUUUUUCUGAUGAAGAACAGCAACCUUUCAUGUCUUCUCACAUAGCCUCCUAAGAUUCCUUAUCUCAAGGCCAUCAGUCCUAGUUAUCACCAUGGGAGCCCUCAGUUUAGCUUUACUUGGACAAAAGGUAGUGUGUCCAGGGGUUAGAGGUGGGUUGGGGAGGGAGGAGGUCAGACCAGACCUGGCUCUCUGGAAUUCCCUGGUCUCUACUGGGCCACCCACUUGCUGGAUAGUCUGAGCCAAGUCCCUCCUGUCAGGGAAAAGCCUAAAAUUGCCUCAAGAAGUAAAGGGGAAAACCCUAAAGUUAGCAAAAUCAAUGUGAGGUCCUACAUAUUCCAUUCAGAAAGGCUGGGAAAAGGGAUGGAGCUGGGAAGGAUCUGAGUCAUGGAAUGGAACAUGAACCUAGAAGGUAGAACAUAGAAUUCAGAACUUGGAUUUGAAUUGCAGAAUUUGGAAUACAGAAUCAGAACGAUAGAACAGAGGUUAUAUAAGGACACCUGGGAAGGGGUUCCUAAUACAAGGCAGUUAGAAAGAGGCUCAUCUCUUUCUCCCUAUGUAAUGAGAUUGAGAGCUUGACUGGGUAGCUCCAGCUCUGCUGUGUAAGGAGAGUCUCCUCCCCCUUUUCACUACUGCAGGCUAAAGGAGUGGGCCAGGGCUUGUAUUUCCCUCACCCUGCAAUGCCUUUUCUCUCUUCAUAUUCUAUUAGCCCAACCCUCAUUCUACUGGGCCACUGGGGACGUGGAGUGGGGUCAGCGACUUCAGUGAUCCCCACACCUCAUGAACCUCUAGGUAGCCUGAUUCAGUCUCUCUUUCAGGAAAACUUACACUGGAGUCACUGAUGGAACCAAUUAAAUAUUUACUAUAAA